AUCCCGGACGAGCCCAAUCUUUUCACAGAACACAAUUAUCAAUUUCUUUAAGUUAAUUUUAACAUGUAUAACUUAGUGGUUCACGGUAAUGCUCCCUUGGUUUAACCCAAGCUAGGUUCCCCAUCACUGUUUGCCUAUACCCCCUAUCAACCCCUCACACCCGUCCCUCCACCUGCUCUCCGUCAAACACUGAACAAAGAGCGUCUCCACCGCCCUGCUUCCCCAGCUGUUGCGUUGUGAGGGUUUGGUCCGUGAGAAGAGAGAGCGACGUUUCUGUCCCGCCCCCACAAAUACACCAGACACUCCUGAACAGGCGGCAGACGAGCUCUCCCUCUCCAUUCACUGCACUGUGGCUGUGCUGUACACUCCAGAAGGGACAAUACUCCCUGACCAUGGUUCUGUGUGAGGACGGCGAGUGCAGCGUCUGCCUCUCGCCCUACUCCCGGAUGGACAGGAUCCCCCGGGUGCUCCACUGCAGGCACACCUUCUGCGACCCGUGUCUGGAGACUAUGUCGGAGGCCAGGAGCGGGCUGCUCACCGUGGGCUGCCCUUUGUGCCGUCGGGUGACCUGCAUAGGACGCGGCCUCAGCCUGCAGGAAGCUCUGUGGGUCAACAGCAGGCUGUGGGACCAGAUACCAGAGGAGGAGGAGGCCGAGGAGGGGGAGGAAGAUGGACUGAAAGGAGAAGCCGAGGUGGAGAGGAUGGAGACUAAACAACAAACAGAAUGUGUUUCCUCCAGGUCCACCAGAACCAAGCUCAAACUGCCUGCGUUCUUCAGAAGGUUCAGUCUGACAAAGCAGAACCAGGAAAGGAUCGUGCCCGGCAGUAAUGUGGAAAUGAAAUCGUGGCGCCGGCUUUCGACUGAAGAGUCUGUUUAAAAGGAGGCAGAUGUAGGACGAUGUGACAGCUCCUCUCAGGAUAUAAUUUGGUAGGCGCUGCUAGAAGACUCGACUCAACCUCGUCAGUGGAGGGAAAGUUGAGGCCGUUAGGACCGAGAAUCCAUUUGUGUUCCUGUCAAGACAUUGUUUUGUCCCCAGCCAAAGGUGCCCUGUCUCCCCUUUAUUUAUUCUAGGCUUAAUUCUCCCAGCUGGUGCUGUGGGAUUUGGUUCAGCUGUCCCAGUGGGACUCACACCCAAAGACCCCCUCGUAACAGAUGGUCUCCCGAGGACGUUCCCUUUUAGCCACUGCUGAACAUUGAACAUAACUUUUUGUUCUUUUUAUUUAUGAUAGCUAGCUGACAAAGUAUUUAAUAAAACUAUUUUUGAAA